UCAACAAGUUGUACAGCAGCCAGCAGUAGCAGUAGGGGAAAAAUCAGACGCAAACAACAAAAUUCCGUUCCGAAUACUCACUCAGCUUUCAGCUAUAGAGCUUGUGUAUUAAUCGCACAAGAGGAAUAUUCCGCAGUCAAACAACAAACUUCAAACUGAUGUGUUCGGUUGUUUCGUAGUUUGAAUAAUCUAUAUUAAGUGUAGAAUUUUCAACAAAAUAAAAAUAUAAACGAAGUUUUUAUGCAUCUUAUUUGAUAAAUUAAAAUGUUUAGAUCAUCAUUAUUAAUUGAAGAAGUAAGAAAAAAACGCAGUUUAUGGGAUUGUUCAUAUCAGCAACCUUUAGAAAGAGGACUUCGUGCCAAACAAUGGUUUGAGGUUGGAGAAAAUUUGUUUACAGACUGGAAUCAGCUUAAUGCGAGCCAGCAAAAUGAAAGGGUAGAAACGAUUAAACGGAAGUGGAAAAAUAUUCGAGAUUACUACAUAAAAGGAAGCAAAACUUGGAAAGGCAAGAAGUAUGUUUAUUCGCAUUUACUCAGCUUUUUAGAUGAAGCACCACCUUCUAAGCGAAAAAGGACAAUGUGUAACAUAGGGCCCAUAUGUGUUUUCUGCAAAAACAACAUGCCAUCUUUAUUGCAUUUUACGAAAAGAACAUUGAUGAUGUGCAGGAAAAUAUCAACAAUACGAAACAAAAACAAUUUGUCUCAAAAUGGAAUAAUAUUCCCGCAGCAAAUGGACGACUUUCAACUAUAUCACAGCCGUUGCUAUCAACGCUAUAUAACUUUACCGGCAAGAUAUAGAAAUUCUCCUACAAAUACAAUAGAAUCAGAAUCCACUUCAACAAUAGACUUUUCCUCAGUACAAAAAGACAAAAUGGAAAUUCCAUUAUUAACAAUACAGAAAACAGAAAAGUGUGAUAUCCAAACAGAAGAACUAAAACAAGACGCAUCGCUGAGUGGAAAUGAAGAAGACAUGCCUUUUCAAGAAAUUUUAGAAGUUGAACAAUUUUUGGCAAACCUUGAUGAUGCACCACCAACGACGGCAGAGACGUCAUCCUCAGCUCAAGAAACAGCCACCAAUAGAUGCUUGCCAAUUGAUUCAGAGCAUCAUGAUGAUGAGGAAAAUGAUUCAUUGUCUUUUAAUAAAAAUCGUCAAGAAAAUCAUCAUGAAUGUCUUGAUGCAGAUAGAUGUUUUCUUCUAUCUCUUUUACCCGAAAUGAAAAACAUGAACGACCUGCAGAAAAUUACUUUCAAAAUAAAUGUGUUAAAUGAGAUGAAAUCUGUCAUGAUGCGUCAAGAUCAUAAUAAUUUUACAAUUAAGGAAGAACAACCUUAAACUUAACAAAGGAAUUUUAAUAAAAUUAAUUUUAAUUCUUUGUUAUGUACCUAUGUGAUUUAAAUUAGAAUUUAAUAAAAGUCUGAGCUUUUAAAACUACGUUAAACAGAAUAUAGCAUU